CAUUGACAUUCUGUCUGUUUUCCGGCCUUCAUUUUCGGCUGUCAGUUGUUCUUUUCCGGUUUACCUGUGGAGUACGCGAGACGUCUGCCACAGGCUUCCCAAGAUGGGCGCGUACAGAUACAUUCAAGAGUUGUACCGCAAAAAGCUGAGUGAUGUUAUGCGAUUUCUGUUGCGUGUGAGGGUAUGGCAGUACCGCCAGUUGACCCGUAUGCACCGUUCUCCUAGGCCUACCAGGCCCGACAAGGCUAGAAGACUGGGAUACCGCGCCAAGCAAGGCUACGUUAUCUUCAGAAUCCGCGUGCGCCGUGGUGGCCGCAAGCGCCCGGUUGCCAAGGGAGCCACCUAUGGCAAGCCCAAGAGCCAUGGUGUCAACCAACUGAAGCCCACACGUAACCUGCAGUCCAUCGCUGAGGAGCGUGUCGGUCGCCGCUGUGGUGGUCUCAGAGUGCUGAACUCCUACUGGGUGGCCCAGGACUCUUCCUACAAAUACUUUGAAGUUAUCCUAGUUGAUCCUUCCCACAAGGCCAUCCGCAGGGAUCCCAAGAUCAACUGGAUAGUGAAUGCGGUGCACAAGCACCGUGAGAUGCGUGGUCUGACAUCUGCUGGCCGUAGCUCCAGAGGUCUCGGCAAGGGUCACCGCUUCUCGCAAACCAAGGGAGGCUCUCGCCGCGCAGCCUGGAUCCGCCGCAACACACUGCAGCUCCACCGCAAACGAUAAACAUUUACAUUACCAAGCCAGUGACUUUCUAUUUGUGUUGCUUGAAAUUCAGAUGGAAAGCCAGUGGAUAAUAAAAAAUGACCUACA